UAGUGUUUUUUUUUUCUCAAUGGAAUGCAAUCUCUGAGCUGCAGGGGUUAAUUCUUCUACAGGAGCUCUCCGCCCUCUUAUCAGAAGAGACUUUUGCACUUUCGAUUCCUGCUCCUCAGUACUACAAUGGCGUCUGCUGAUCUGAGGGCCGAGCUGGACUGCUCCAUCUGCCUGAGCCUCUAUACAGACCCCGUAUCCCUGAGAUGUGGACACAACUUCUGCCGCUCGUGUAUUGUGAGUGCGCUGGAUGCACAGGAGGCAGCUGGAGUGUAUUCCUGUCCUGACUGCAGAGCAGAAUAUCCAGUGCGUCCGGCCCUGGAGAAGAACAGGAAGCUGAGGAACAUAGUGGAGCGUUUCUUAUCUGCUCGGCCUGAUAUGGAGGAGACCGGGAUCUUCUGUACUUACUGUACUAAGUCUCCUGUACCGGCUGUGAGGACAUGUCUGCAGUGUGAGGCCUCGUUCUGUGGAGAACACUUGAGUAGACACAGUAAGUCAUCAGAACAUACUUUGGUUGAACCUACUGCUACCCCGAAGGAAAGAAAAUGCUCCACACACAAGGAGGUGCUGAAAUACUAUUGUCCUAUAGACACCGCCUGUAUCUGUGUGUCCUGCUGUCUGGUCGGCGAGCACAGGGGACAUAACGUGGAGCUACUGGACGUGGCCUCUGAGAAGGAGAAAGAGAAACUGAGGAAAUAUCUGGAAGAACUAAACCCACAAAAAGCAAAAAUUCAGACGAAACUUCCGAAUCUGCAGGAUCGUCAGAGGAAUAUCCAGGAGAAGGCCUCUGAUAAGAGGAAGAACGUCAGGAAGUUAUUUAUGGACAUUAAGGAACAACUGGAAAUGGCAGAAAAGAAAGCGCUGAGCGAGAUCUCCAGGCAGGAGGAGAAGAUUGUGUCCCAGAUAUCUGAUCUGAUCAAGAAGCUGGAAAUAGAGGAGGGCGAGCUGUCCAGGAAGAUGCGUCACGUGGAGGAGAUGUGUCAUGUCACCGACCCAAUAAGACUCCUACAAGAAAGUGACAUUACAGUAUGUGGUCAUGGAGAUGAUGAGGACACAGGGGGAGAUGGUGGAGAGGGCAGGUCUGAGGAUGAUCUGGAUGAGGUUCUGAUCUCACUGACCUUACACCGAUCUAUGAGGGAUAUUGUCACCAAUGUCGCAUCAGAGCUCGGGCUCCAUGUUCCAGACAUAUUGCUGGAUGAGGACACUGCUCAUAGAUCUGUGAAGAUAUCAGAAGAUCUGAAAACAGCAACAGAAGAGGAAGAGGAAAAAGAAGAGGAAGAAGAAGAGGAAGAAGAAGAGGAAGAAGAAGAAGACGAGGAAAAAGAGGAGGAAGAACAGGACAAACCAGAAUCACCGGGAAGGUUCCUGUAUUAUGCCCAGGUGUUAAGCAGAUGUGGCCUCUCCUCAGGAAGACAUUACUGGGAGGUAGAGUGGGACCAGAUAGGAGAAUGUGGCAUCGGAAUGUCCUAUCCCAGUAUAGAAAGGGAAGGAGAUGAGUCUUGUAUUAUAUGUAAUGAUAAAUCUUGGUGUCUGGUUAUGUUUGGUGCAGAAUGUGAAGUGUGUCACCACUCAGUCAGAUCCCCCCUCAGUGUAGAUACAACAUGUCCUAGAUUUGGGGUCUUCUUAGACUAUGAGGCCGGGCGUCUGUCCUUCUAUCAGCUGUGUGACCCCAUCAGACACUUACACACCUUCACCGCCUCCUUCUCUGAACCCCUACAUGUUGUCUUCUGUGUGUGGGAUGGAGCCUCUGUUAAAAUAAUAAGCUGAGGCUGAUGCGUCCACGUCCCGUUAUAAUCUCCGCCUAUAAGUCACUAUAUAGCGCUGUAUGGGCGGAGCCUCCGAUCACACAGUGUAUAUGGCGGCUCUAUGGGGGGGGGGGUUACUGUACGAUUAUUUUAUAUUCCUUGGAGAUCAGAUCCAGAAUCGAUGCUUGAGACAAAUGAGAAGUUACGUCGUCUGCACACGAGUUCAGGUGAACGCACAUCAGACCCGCAGCGUAUCCGCACCAAUACCUGCAAUGUGUGAUCACGGUUUUUGGUGCGGAUAAGAUGCGGUUUUCCACUGAAAAGGGUGAAAUCCGCAGCUACAACCACAAACAUAACUGACGGGCCGCAGAUCUGGGAAUCCGCACGGAAAUAAUCGGCGAAGUGUACGUGAUCGGGGGAAUCUCAUACACUUUGCUGGUGCUGUAAUUCGGUUUUUCCACAUGGUAAUUCGCGUGGAAAGACUGAGCGUAUUCCGCAGCGUGCGCAGAUGGCCUUCGGGUACAAGCGCACGGUGCGUAUUACCUGCUGGUUUUCCAGAGUGAAAUAAUACCGCCUAAGCAGAUGGGAUUCCCAGUAUCUCAUCUACACGGAGCGGAAGUUUCCUGCGUCAGGAGUGACCUGCGGAGCGGAUCUGGAGAUCUGCGGCCGGUGGAUUGUCCGUGCGGAUUUCUCCCUUUACAAUGCAGAGGGGGAGAUCUGGGGAAAUCCGUGUCAGGAUCUGCAGGUAACAGGUGUGGAUCCUGGAGCGGAGAUACACCGCCGAGUGCACGUACCUCAUGGGGGCAUCAUUAACCCUUCCCCGUCCUCCACUGAGGUCGCUGUAGGGGCUUCUUUAUGUUUCGGGGACACAUUUGGGGAACAUAUAAUUAUUAAUCAGCUUUUCCUAUUUCUGUAGAGAUGUGACAAUGUGACGCUUCUUUCCGCACUAUACGCGGCAUUUGUUGUGUUUUUUCCCUUUUUAUGGAAUAAAUGUCUGACUACUUCUGUC